AUCCACAGUAUAGUUGAAUUGGCUUACAACGAGUCGCUAUCAUUUAAUUAUCGAAAAAUGAAGCUCUUGGUGUUCUGUCUGUUGGGUUGCGCUUUGGCGGUUCUCGUACAUUCCAGUCCCGUACCAGCAGCUGCUGAACCGAAACCGGAGUUGCUCAACGGAGAAGCAGCCGAAGGUACCGACUUGAAUCGGGAGAAGCGCACCGUUGGAGUAUCAGUCGGCGGUGUGCCGGCACUUUUGCCCGGACUUCAACCAUCGCUAUAUGGACCACCGUUUGGAGUACCAUAUGGACCAGCAGGACUGUUAGGAGGACCUGGAAUUGGAGGAACGUUGAAUUCAAUUCUGGCCGUACCAAGAAACUUGAUAAAUAGCGUUGGGUGGCAACUGACUAGCCUGGGAUAGAAUUUGAUUAUUUUAUUUAUACUGGAGUAUUAGUAUUUCUGAAUAAAAUUACAUUUUCAACUAAUUA